CCGCUAGAACUUCUCCCCGGGUCCCUCUGCCUGCGCAUCAAAUCGGGUCGCUCAUCGCGUCCGAGACCCUGUGUGCUUAUUACCGAAAUAAAAGAAAAGUCUUCCCCAGAGCCCUUGUAGGUCGUUAUGACUUUUCUGCUUUGCAAGACAGUUCAAAGAAAGUGACGGAAGAAAAACUCUUCCCACGCACAAGGACGGUGUUGUCUUGAGUUUGGGGUAAAGGCCAGCAAAUGAGAAGGCCCUGCCUCUGCAUCCGUCCUCCCUAACGUCUUCAGAGGAGCUCCUUUUCUGCCAUUUUUCUAGCAUUCAGAGAGACUUUUCCAGGACCAUGAUCCCAAAGGCUUGAGCUGUUUACAAGGAGAGAGUUGUUGCUUGAGCCGUCAGCAUGGCAGCUAAAAUGGAGAUAACUUUGAGCUCACCCACUCAGGCUUCCUCCAAGCAAGACAGACACAUCAUAGCAAAGCUAGAAGAGAAACGGGUGCCCGCUCAGCCAAAACACUGCCCUGACCCGGAGCUCUCCCGCCAGAGCUUCCGACGGUUUUGCUAUCAAGAGGUGUCUGGACCCCAAGAGGCGCUUUCCCGGCUGCAACAGCUCUGCCGGCAGUGGCUGCAGCCUGAGUUGCACACCAAAGAACAGAUUUUGGAGCUCCUGGUGAUGGAGCAGUUCCUGAUCAUCCUGCCCCCAGAGAUCCAGGCCCGGGUCAGGCAUCGGUGUCCAGUGAGCAGCAAGGAGAUCGUGACCCUGGUGGAAGAUUUUCAUAGAGCAUCCAAGAAACCAAAGCAGUGGGUGGCUGUGUGUAUGCAGGGGCAGAAGGUGCUUUUGGAGAAAACUGGAGCUCAGCUUGGAGAACAGGAACUGCCAGACUUUCAACCACAAACUCCUAGAAGAGAUCUUAGGGAGAGCUCUCCAGAGGAUCCUUCCCAGGAGAAUCUGUCCCAGGAGGGAUCCCAUGACCAGCCGAGCCCUCACCACUGGGAGAAAUCCCCACUCCUUCAGGAACCAGCCUCCAAAUUGACUGGGACAGAGGAUUCCAGAACGAGAAGUGACAACAAGGAAAACCCACAACAGGAAGGGGCCAAAGGAGCCAAGCCACGUGCAGCAUCAGCUGGCAGAGCCAAAGGGAAUGGCCUGCAGAGCCCUGAACCAGCAGCGGUGAACCUGAGUGAACCCCGUUUGUCCCGGAGGCAGGUCAGUCCCCCAAAUGCCCAGAAGCCAUUUGCUCACUACCAGAGACAUUGCAAGGAACUGGAAUACAUCAGUGGCCCCCUUAAAAGUCAACCACUGAGAGAGCUAAAGAAAAGCAAAGGAGGUAAAAGAAGCCUGAGCAGUCGUUUGCAGCGUCUCAGUCACCAGGCAACUCACUUGGCGAAGAAACCUUAUAAGUGUGAUGACUGUGGGAAAAGCUUCACAUGGAAUUCAGAGCUGAAACGACACAGGAGAGUGCACACAGGAGAGAGGCCCUAUACCUGUGGGGAGUGUGGAAACUGCUUUGGGCGGCAGUCAACCCUGAAACUGCACCAGAGGAUCCACACUGGGGAGAAGCCCUACCAGUGUGGCCAGUGUGGGAAAAGCUUUCGCCAGAGCUCAAACCUCCAUCAGCACCACAGGCUCCACCAUGGGGACUGAAAGGGGCCCUGUGUGUUUUAGAGUCCCUGGGAAAGGCUUCAUGUCUCUCCUUCCCCUGACUUGCAUGUAAAUCACAGACCAUCAGCGUGAAUUACAAAGAGUGCAAGUGGCCCUUGCAGUGUGGUGGUGCACACUUGGCUGGCAAGGAGUUCCAGAAGAGGCUGACAGGGCCCUGACCAAGCACGGCAUCAGAGUGAAGAGAUGAUGGCAGGUUUGAGUGUAGGGACAAAGAGAACUGCAAUCCCUGCAGAGAAGGGGGAGUCACCACUGAUGGAGAAGCAGGAUGACCUUGCAGGUGGCCCCUCAUUGUUAAAUUCUCUCCAUUGCU